CUCUCUCUCACACACUCUCCCACUCACUCUCACUCACUCACUCACUCUCACACUCACUCUCACACUCACUCUCACACUCACUCUCACACUCACUCUCACACUCACUCUCACACUCACUCACUCACUCACACACACUCUCUCUGUGUGCUGCUUCCUUCCUUGCUCUCAUCACAACGUGUCCACUGCGGCACCUCCCCUCCCCCUCCGGUCCUCAAUCCCCGACCAGGGAAUUGGGCUUCCGAUCAUGCGGUCCAUGGCAUGGCAUCAUGACCUCCCAUUUAUAGAUCCCCAUGCUUCCCCAAUGAACCUCCAUCCAGGAUAACCCAUCUCGUCCAUCAUCAUGUCCUCCUUCUUUGCACCAUGGCCUCUGUCGCCAGACCUGCUGCAGGACCUGGCCAAAGUCAUGACUCCCACCGGGGUUGCCGACUAUCUCGCCCUGACCUUCCUCUCCAUGGCUAGCGCGACUUACCUGUCGCGCGGCAUCCUCUGGGACCAGCCAGACCCCUACAACUAUCUGUGGUAUGAGCGUCCCCAGCUGAAGAUGGGCAGCACUGCGGGCGCCAAAGCCCAUCAGGAGACGCGCAACAUCGCCCAGAAACUGGACGAAGCCGAAAAGAACAUUGUCGUCUUCUGGGGCUCCCAAUCCGGCACGGCCGAGGGCUUUGCCAGCCGGCUGGCGCGAGAAAUAUCCCUCCGUUUCCGUCAGGGAACCAUGACGGCCGAUCUGUCCGAUUACGACCCGGGAACUAUCAGCCAGAUUCUCCAGUCGAAGCUGGCCAUCUUCAUUCUGUCCACGUAUGGCGAGGGAGACCCCAGCGAUAACACAGCCGAAUUCUGGGACUGGGUCAACAAGGCCCAUGAGGUCUCGCUGGCCAAUUUGCGAUACUGUGCCUUCGGCCUGGGCAACAGUAACUACAAGUUUUACAACCGGGUCGUGGAUGUCGUCGCCCAGUCAUUGGAUCGUCUUGGGGCCCAGUCCCUUCUGCCCGUGGGCAGGGCCAAUGACGCCGAGGGCGCCACCCAGGAGGAUUUUAUCAGCUGGAAGGAUGACUUAUUCACUAUGUUCAAGGAACAGCUUGGCUUCGAGGAAGGCGAGGUCCAGUAUUUGCCGACAAUGGCCGUCGAAGAAGACGAGUCCUUGGAGCCCAUUGAUCUGCAUCACGGCGAACCCGAUGUCCGCGAUACCAACAAGGCAUCUACACAGUGCUCCCCGGUGCGGCCGGUGACCAUCGCCAGUGCCCGGGAGCUCUUUGAGGCAUCGGACCGUCAUUGCCUGCACAUGGAUCUGGAUCUGUCCAGCGUGCCCGAGUUUACGUACAAGACGGGAGACCAUCUGGCUAUUUGGCCGAGCAAUCCCGACGCGGAGGUGGAACGUUUGCUGCAGGUCCUGGGCCUCGCAGCACGCCGGGACGUACCCAUCUCGAUCAAAUCGCUGGAUGCGGCCACGAAAGUGCGCAUUCCCACCCCAACAACCGCUGCUGCGCUGUUCCGCUACUACCUGGAGAUUUGCGCACCUGUCAACCGUGACAAUGUGCUGGGGUUGGCGCAAUUCGCACCCACGACAGCGGCGAAGACGUACCUGAUUCAACUCGGACAGGACAAGGCUGCCUAUGCCAACUUCAUCAACCGCACGCACGUCAACCUCGGUCGACUGCUGCAGCUGACUGCCCCGGACACAGCGUGGUCCGCACUGCCCCUCUCCUACCUCGUGGAAACACUCGCCCCCAUCCAACCCCGUUACUACUCCAUCUCCUCCAGCAGCGUCAUUGCACCUCGCAAGCCAUCCAUCACCGCCAUCGUCUCAACGACCCCCGUGCCCGAGAACCCGGUUGAGCUUGUCCACGGUGUCACCUCCAACUACCUCCUCGCGCUCUCGGAGAACCGCCGCGACGCGACCCAUCCACAUGGUCUAGCCUACCACCUCAACGGACCUAGCGACGCCCUUCAGGGUGGCAAGGUCUUCGCUCAUCUCCGCAAGAGCAAGUUCAAGCUACCCCGGGUGGGCAGCUGUCCCCUCAUCAUGGUCGCUGCCGGCACGGGCCUUGCCCCUUUCCGGGCCUUUAUCUCCGAGCGGCGCCAGCUACAGCAGAUUGGCCGGGAGGUGGGUGAGAUGAUCCUGUUCUUCGGCUGUCGCCGUCCUGACGAGGACUACAUCUAUCGGGACGAGCUCAUGCAGCUACAAGCUGCCCUAGGCGACCGACUGCGCAUCGUGACCGCCUUCUCCAGACAGGAAGGCACGCCACGGCAGUACGUUCAGGACCGGAUCACCGAAUGCAGCGUUGAUGUGAUCCGACUCAUCGACGAGGGCGCCAAUCUGUACAUUUGCGGGCGGGCAGGGAUGGCCCGUGAGGUAGAGAAGACAGUCAAAAGGGCAAUGCAGCAGACAAAGUGUUGGAAUAACGGUCAAUGGAAUGACUGGAGUAAAGCAUUUAAGAAGCGGGGGAAGUGGCAGGAGGAUGUGUGGGGGUAGUCUACCUGUUAUCCUUAAGUUCGAAAAUGUGAUGAAUUUAAUGAUCAUGACCUAAGUCAAUUGUCUCAUGUCACACAUGUAUGGAGCAAUGCCGUAGCUAUCAUAUACCGUAUCAUA